CGAAAGCAGAAUAAGCAGACGGCGGUAUAAAAAGCGUUCUCUGUAUUUGCAUGCACAACGGCGCGCUUUAAAUUAAAACAUUUCAAUAUUAAGCAUUUCGUUACAUAUACAGGCAAAAUGUUAAGUUUCUUGUUGCUGUGCGUAACUGGUUUAUCCUCAUUUUCAUCAGCCAACGGCGACUACGUCAAGUUCAGUGUCCCGGCUUUCCAGCCGGACGGCUUUCCGCCAUACGUCCUAAUCGAAGAACCCUUUAUAAAUGGAGGCAGCAAUGCACACCCCUUUAACGACGAGUUUGACACUGACUUAUGGCACAAAUCUCCUGUUGCCGAUGCUCUCGAACCGGGACAGAAACGGUGCCCCGUGGACGGUGAUCCUCACUGCCGUGACUGUGUGCCGGGAUACAAGGGUAGUGAUUUUGUGCAGACACAGUGCUGCUUCGCGCACCACUGGGCCUGGCAGAAUAAGCAAAGCCUCCGCGAUGUUCUGCCGUACCGCUUCCAUCUGGCACCGGUGAACCAAACGGAACCUGACUGGGAGAGACACGCGAACCCUGGCGAGAUAUGGCACGUGGAUGUGUGCACGAUGGAGCCCGUUGCGACCCUUCCGACGGGAGGCUACAUUCCAUGCCGCCAGCGCAACGCUUGUCCGGAUGUUAGAAAAGAUGGAACCAUAUAUUAACGUCCGCACGUUGGCGCCCUGUGACCCCGGUUACACUUUAGACAGACUUGGCAACGACACUGUUGUGACUGCGACUCGUUAUAUUUAUUUUCACUAAUUGUAACCUUUGUCUAUUUAUGCUUUUUCUUUCUGUCGUGUCUUAUCCAAUCUUUCCAUCGUGUAUACUGUACCGUUAUCGCGAGUAAAUUUUGACCGAUAAUGGUGUAUCGAA